AUGGCGUCACCAUGCACGGGCGAGAGGGGCGUUAAUCCGAUCCCUGGCUCCACUGAUCCGAAGAUCGGCAAGUACUUCGCCGGAGUCCCCAACCAGUUCGCGGGGCUCAUGGACGUCCGCGACUUGGGCAACAGCAGCUACACGUACUCCAUCACUGGUCAACUGGCUGCCAUGUACGAUCGCUGUGACGCCUCUCCUACGUCUCGCAAGCUUGAGGAGGACACGACCGCUACGAACACCACGUCCAAGCCCGUUAUGUGCGGCAUGGCGCAGAACGAUGGCUACGACAUCGACGGCAACGACUACGAUGACGGUCGCCAGGACGUUAUCGUCGUCGACAGCACGGGCAAACCGGUCGAAGCUAACGCGCCAAUUGACGCCUAUGUCUCCGAUGAAGACGAGAAGCGCGUCAUCAACUGGUACGACCAGACCAUGGACGCCAUGGGCGGAGACUCGCACGAAAACAUGCCAGCCGCUCAAGAAUUUGCGUUGUGGUUGUACUUAGGGUCUAAGUUGGACCACCAUGGCAGCAGCAUCACUGCCGCUGCCGCUCAGCCCGAGUACCGAGCCGAACCGCUCGACACGGAUACAUGGCCGUCGGCAAUGUCUACAGCAGAGCUGCUGUCCUCCAGCCGAAAAACGUUCGCCACGAUUCCAGACGAAGACGCUGUCGAUAGCGACGAAUCACCCACCAACACGACGCCACUUGACCCAUCCUGCUACGAACGAAAUCUACACGCGCCACCCGUCGCCGCUCUGGACGUGCUGCCCAGUCGCACCUCGCCGCUGCUGCUCGGACCUUCUCCGCUGCGCCGGACCGACGUGCACGCACCGUCAGACAUCACCACUGCACCACCCGUCGCACCAACACAAUCAGCCAAAGCCACGUCGUCCGAGAUGCGAGCGCCGGACACUCGCACCGAUCCGCAAGUACUUGCGAGCGCUAGACCCGAUCGAGACAGCACCAGCCGGACAGGUUUCGCCAUCAGCGACUCUGUGCCCCUGCUCACGGAUCUCACGCCGACGCGCCCCGGACUCGCCUCCGCCACGGAUGAACGACGCAAACGACGCGCCUCGAAGCAACACUGCUUCAGCAUGAAGAUUCUAUUGAUUCUAAGCGUCGCUCUCUUCGCGCUGCUCGUACGUCUCUCCAACGUGGAAGCUCAAGCUCCAGCGACCUGCGGCCCCCGUAUCCGCAAGGACUGGGAUAUGUUAACUCCAGUGGAGAAGGACACAUACAAGAACGCCAUCGCUGCUGCGAUGGACUCCGGCGACUACAUCAAGUUCGUCGAGAUGCACACCGAGAUGCGAUCCGAGAUGGAGGCUCACCGCCAGUGCAUGUUCACGUAA